AUGCCACGCUCAACAUUGACGUCUGGUUCUUCCAUAUGCUCUUACUAUACGGCUCCGAGUGACUAUGACACUACGGAUGACUAUUAUUCUAACCUCCCGGUUACUUCAACUGAGCUUCGAACCCGGACUGACAAUCCUGGGACAUGGCCGCUUAGGAGUAGACGCACUGAUCCUAGACUCUCGGAGCGCACAACUAGGUACGUUUAUAGAGCGGGUGAAGGGUUUGAUACCCUUGCUCUCGUCCCUAGAAUUUUCGUACCAGCCGAUUCCAUAUCUGGGGAAGUGCAUAUUGACUCCGAAAUACUCGCCAGGGGUUACAAUCCGUCCUACUACGGUGACAUAGCGCCGAUAGCUGGGAGCUCACCUACCUUAACAGACGUUAGGUAUCGAAUUGAAAGCCUCGAUACUCCACCAGUUGGCACACCAAUGGGAGAUCGCUACCGUCAAUACAAGUCAUACGAUGUAGACGCUUAUGACGCCGAGCAAGAAUACAACGAUAGAUUCAAAGAAGUUCCCAAGGCUCCGAGAAAGAAGCACGAGACCGAGGAUUACAAGGGUAAGUUUAACGAAGCCAACCAUGUUAGGGACAACGCUGCGAGUUACGAGACAAUACCGGGAGCAGAAGGCCUUCAUUACACCUUUUUAGUAGCCCAUUGUUCAAGGUCCUGUCUCGAAGAGGUUAUGCUAAUACUGAGUCUUCAAAGGAGACCCCCCGAUGACUUUGAACCACCACCGACGGCUAGCGCCGUACGCGGAGAACAUGGUCGAUGUGACUUGUAG